UCUCGCAGCAAUGUUAUUGUUACAAAUAGCUUCCUUCGAUGAACUCUUUUAUGCUCAAGUGAUCAGUUUUAGAAUCGUUCUAAAGUUUUCGCAUAAAGACGAGUGAACCACUAUAAGCUGAUGGCAACCGGAAGUCAAACUCACAGCAUACCUGUGUGGUCUCGUUAUCAUCCUCAAAUUCCACAGAGGUACAUUCCACAAUGGACACAGGAUAUGGAGAACAGAACUCUUAUUCUGGAAAAUUGUAAGCUGUCAAAUUAUCCAUUUGGUCCUCAUGACAAAAGCAUUUAUUUGGUUCAUAGAGAGCGUUUGAAUAAUGUGGAACCUCAAAAGAUGGUCAACAGUAAAUCAAUCAAAGUACCACGUGAGCGGUUACUAAGACCUUGGUUCCAUUCCCCUCUUUCUCGCUACCAGAGCAGCUUGAUGUUUAGGAAAACUUGAUAUAUUCAUCGUUUGUCAAGUGGAUGCUUUAUAGAGAUGUGUGUUCACUUUACGUGUUGUGAUCAUUCUACAUGAUACAAAGAUGCAGCAGUUUUUAAAGUAUCCAUGAGAUGAAACAAUGUUUUCAUUUUACUCACUCAUUUUUCUUUUCAUUUUUGACUAAAAUACAUCAUAGGUGUGAUUUUUUUUUUUUAGCAAAUAUUUCUCAUUUCAAAUGUUUUCUGUUACUGAAUUCAGUUAUAUUGAGAGGGUUAGUGGUAGUGUUUGUCCCUCAUUAUUAGCCCUUCGGCACCAGCAUUUCUUUGAAAUUAUGAGGCUUUGAGCAAUGCUCUCCAGCAAGAGGUCAGCAAGGAGUCAAGUGCUCAUUGUUAAUACCAGACCCCAAGCUUAACUCUCCCUGCCCCAGGUGACUUGUCUCAAAUCUUCCCACUGGUGGAGAAAUAAAUGUCCUCCUGCACAAAUAAUUAGAGCCAGCUCGCCAGCUAUUAUACUGCACAAUAUCUUUUGUUUCAAAAAUGGUAUUAUUAGUUUUGAAACUGGGGUUCAAUCAUGUGCUUGGUGCAAUUUGGCAUGAGUAAAGGCGGAAUCAAGUGGGAACACAAAUGGCAUUUUUCCAUCUCAUGAUGGGCACUUUCAGUGAGUUUUCUGUGAGUGUUAAAACUCGUCAUCUCCAAAAUUUUAACUAAUACAACCAACACAAUGAGAGGGUAUCAGGGCCCUAAAGCGAAUUAGGCACCUGAUCCCAGCAUCAACCUUACAUCUCAUCUACCAAGCUAUAGUAAAACCUCAC